AUGAUGGAAGGCAUAGAACUUCCGAGGCCGUCGACCAUGAGCCCUCUCGUUGUCUAUGGCCUUGCUGGACUAGCAGUCUCCAUGAUCGUCAGUAUCUGCCGUCAGCUCUUCUUCCAGAACAAAUCAUUACCACCGACCGUCUUCCAUUGGAUACCCUACGUUGGAAAUGCAGUGUCAUACGGCAUGGACCCUGUGGCUUUCUUCGAGAAAUACCGCGCUAAGUAUGGUGAUGUCUUCACAUUCACCCUCUUCGGCAGGAAAAUCACAUGCUUCCUUGGGAUCGAGGGCAACGACUUCAUCCUCAACGGCAAGCUCCAAGACAUCAGCGCCGAGGAGAUCUAUGGCCCACUCACGACCCCAGUAUUCGGUAGCGACGUCGUCUACGAUUGUCCGAACUCGAAGCUCAUGGAACAGAAGAAGUUUGUCAAAUUCGGUCUGACACAGAAGGCACUCGAGUCGCACGUGCCCUUGAUUGAGAAGGAGGUUCUGGACUACAUCAAGACUGCCCCCGCAUUCAAGGGUCCAUCUGGGGUUGUCGACAUUUCUGGUGCCAUUUCUGAGAUUACCCUUCUCACGGCGGCGCGCUCCCUCCAGGGUAAAGAGGUACGACAGAAGCUUUCUGCCGAAUUUGCCAAGUUGUACCACGACCUUGAUAUGGGCUUCACUCCGGUCAACUUCCUCUUUCCUUGGUUGCCUCUACCCCGAAACCGUCGCCGAGACGCUGCCCACAAGAAGAUGCGAGCGAUAUACGAGGACAUCAUUCAGAGACGUCGCAAGAACGGUGAUACUGAAGACGAUAUGAUUACGAACUUCAUGAACUCGAGCUACAAGAACGGCACCCCGGUCCCCGACAAAGAGAUCGCGCACAUGAUGAUCACGCUUCUCAUGGGAGGUCAGCAUUCUUCGUCCUCAGCAGCCGGUUGGAUCAUGCUUCGUCUCGCGGCACACCCUAAGAUCGCCGAGGAACUCUACGAGGAGCAAGUCCAGAACCUUGCUCAAGGCAAGAAAGAGAACUUGGCCCCCCUUCAGUAUUCGGACCUGGACAAGCUCCCGCUUCUACACAAUGUCGUCAAGGAAACCCUCCGCCUUCAUGGCUCCAUCCACUCUAUCCUCCGCAAAGUCAAGAACCAUCUCACCAUUCCCGGCACCCCGUACGUCGUCGGCACUGACCAAGUGCUCCUGGCUUCACCAAUGGUAACGGCAACGAGCAACGAGUUCUUCACAGAUGCCAAGAGCUGGAACCCUCACCGUUGGGACGAUCAUCAAGAAGUUGAACAUGCUGGUGACGCUGUGGACUAUGGGUAUGGUCUCGUGAACAAGGGCACCAGAAGCCCCUACAUCCCCUUCGGAGCUGGAAGACAUCGCUGCAUUGGCGAGAAGUUUGCGUAUCUCAACUUAGGUGUCAUUGUUGGCACACUCAUCCGCAACUUCAAACUGUCAACCAUGGAUGGCAAAGAAGGCGUGGUGCCUCCUACGGAUAACACCUCCAUGUUCGCGCGCCCUCCUCAACCAUCACCCAUCAGGUGGACCCGACGUGAUUGA